AUGGAAAAAUGGUAUUAUUUAGUAUCAACUAAUAAUUAAUACUUCUGGUUUAAAUAAAUUGCAAAAGCUAAAUUUUAUUUAGAAAAGAAGGACAAUAUAUUUUUAGUUGCAAAGAAACUAUCUCAUAAAUAUAUUAUUAGUAUGAACAAAGAUAAAAUUUAAGGAAAAUCAUCAAAUUUAAUUGGAUAGAUAAGAAGUAAAAAGAAAUAUGAUUUUAUUUUUAUGAUAAUGGGAUUAAUUCUAAAAAAAUAAAUUACUAGUUCGUAAUACAAUAGGUUAAUUAUAAUUUAUUAAUCUAUAAAUUAGAUUAUAAGAAGUAUGUAUCUAAAUUAAUAUUUCUUUAGUUUGGAUUCCAUAAAUUCCAAACUUUUUAGUUAAUAAAAAUAAAUGA